AUGCAAUCCAUCGUCUCCAAUUUCUUACAACAACGUCAAGCAACAACAGCUACCGUGGCAACGACAAGCAUUAUUGCAGCCACCAUUCUGUUGUACAGUUUCAACCGGCUCAGCCGAAACAAAAGGGAUGAUUCAACCCCUUGUAUCCCUCACAGAUUCCCCUUUAUUGGAUCGACCCUGGAAUACCUCGCCGAUACCGAAGCAUUUGCUAAGAAAUACAGCGAUCUCUAUGGCCCUGUAUUCAAGGCACAUCUUUUUGGCAAGGUUGUCAUUGUCGUAGGUGGGCAAUAUGCAGAGGAAGUUUUUACAAAUCCCGACAUGAGCUUCAUUGCCAGCAACAACAAGUUUAUCAAUGUGAACAGUGCUCUUGAUACGAAUUCAUACGAGCUUACCACCAAUGAUCUACGACAUCUUAUCCUCAAGCACUUGAAAGACAAUAUCGAUGUUUACUUGGCUCGUGUGCAAAAAGAGACCAUGCAAGUCCUUAAGAGCAAAUUGGGCGAUCAUUCUUCAGUGACACUUGCUGGGUUGUAUCCAUUGGCUCGAGCACUUACGGCUAAUGCUACUGGCACUGUGUUUGGGGGACCUUCAAUGCUUUCCAAUGAUACUCUGAUGGAGCAUUUUGAAUACACAGCUGACGAGACUCUAAAGGAUGUCAUUCGAGCUGCGCCCUAUACCAUGUUUUGGCCUGGAUUGAGUUAUCUUUAUAGAUGCAUUUUGCAACCAAAAUUUGGAAGCAUCAAGCGUCAUUUGAAGGUUAUUAAGCGUGCCGUGAGACCCGAAGUUGAACAUCGCCUCCAAGCUCUUCGUAAAAAUGGCACUCUAAACGAGGAACAAGAUGUGAUGAAUUAUAUCAUUGAGACCUAUUUGCAUGAUCAAGAGGAUACCAUCGUCGUUAACAGCAUUUCCAAUUGGUUUGUGGUGAUGAGUUUCCUUAGCGUCCUUACAACAUCCGGUGCAUUGGGCAACGUCUUGGAAUAUCUAGCAAAGUAUCCAGAAUACGUUGCUGAAUUACUCGAAGAACAAAACAACAUCAUUCCACAAGAUCAAAUGGGAGUAACAUCGGCAGAGCAGAAAAAGCUGAUCAAACUCGAUAGCUUCAUACGUGAAGUGUUCCGCAUUACCACCAAAAACUUUGGACAUGCACACACGCACAUUGGUAAACAAGAUAUUGUCCUUAGCAAUGGCACCGUUGUGCAUCCAGGAGAUGAAGUCUAUAUCAAUCUUUGGCAUGUGAACUUUGAUCCAAAAAUCCAGCGAGGUGUGGAAGAUGUUGACACGUUCAAGCCUUUCCGGUAUGUGGAUCAAGAUAAACCCGCUGUCAGAUGCAGCCCUGAUUACUUGGCAUUUGGGCUCGGAAGACAUGCUUGCCCCGGUCGCUGGUUUGCCAUUGAUAUCAUCAAAACCAUCAUUAGCAUCUUGAUCCGCCAUUAUGAACUAUCGUUGGCACCCGAGGAUGAUAAAACCGGUACACCCGAUGACCUAGAAAAAGAAGCUCGUCGUGUCAUUGUGAAACCUCGAACGUCAACAUAA